AGUCUGUGGUGGCGCGAGCGCGCAGCGGCGGCGGCGGAUCGGGCAGGAGCUGUGCCCCCUGCUGCGCUCGGAGCCUAGUUCCCAGCGCCGCGCGACCCCCGCUCCUCCCUCCUCCUCCUCCUCCUUCCUCUCCUCCUCUUCCUCCUCCGGUACCCAUAGCGCCCGUGCCCCGCCAUGGCUGACCAGCUGACUGAGGAGCAGAUCGCAGAGUUCAAGGAAGCCUUUUCCCUAUUUGAUAAGGAUGGAGAUGGGACCAUCACCACCAAGGAGUUGGGUACAGUGAUGCGGUCCCUGGGUCAGAACCCGACUGAGGCUGAGCUCCAAGACAUGAUCAAUGAGGUGGAUGCAGAUGGAAAUGGGACCAUUGACUUCCCUGAAUUCCUGACUAUGAUGGCAAGGAAGAUGAAGGACACAGACAGCGAGGAAGAAAUCCGAGAGGCAUUCCGUGUCUUUGACAAGGAUGGAAAUGGUUAUAUCAGUGCCGCGGAGCUUCGUCACGUGAUGACCAACCUUGGGGAGAAGCUGACUGAUGAGGAAGUGGACGAGAUGAUCCGAGAGGCCGACAUAGAUGGUGAUGGCCAAGUUAACUAUGAAGAGUUUGUACAGAUGAUGACCGCGAAGUGAAGGCCCCGGGCAGCUGGUGAUGCCCGUUUUCCUUUGAUCUCUCUCUUCUCUCGCGCUCUCUCUCUCCGACACUCUUACUCGCAUAACCUGGUUCUAAGCCAACCCUGACUGACGACUGAGAAUCCGACAUAAAGCAACACGAGAUUUGUCCCAAGCUGCAUGACUGCUCUUUGACCUCCUCCCCUCAUUUUUCCCUCUCUGCCCUGGGACGUCCCAGCCCCUGAGCUGACCCCUCAGCCCCUACCCCACCCCCACCAAACCAAACAGGAUCUCGGCCUUCAUGGCUCCCUGUAGGUCUCCCCCUCUCCCUUUGAUUUCGAACCCUGUUUGCGGUGGCCAGUGCUGGCCCCAUGCCGGGAGCUGCAGCAGAGUGGGGAGAGUGUCCCUACCUGGGGCAGGAAAGCCAAACCCUUUAGAUGUUUGCAUGCGUCUGGCACUGUGGUUCUAUGUUCGAAACCUUUGGGGGGCCAUGGUGAAAGGUCUGGAGGAGCUCCGACAUGAGGUGUUGGGGUGGGUGGUGGGUGGGCAUGAGGAAGAUGAGGCCACCUCACAUGGCCUUUGAGACUGAGGAGAAGGGAAUUGUAGACACUGGUUGGGGGUAGGACAGGUGAAGCAAAUGAGCUAGGGAUGGACAACAUUACAAAACCCAUUGGCUUUUAUUCCCAAAUCAUCAGCGAUUGGCUCGACCAAGUUUUGGCCUGUGGGAGAGGAGGGGAGAGGUGUCCCUGCUCCCUCGGCACCUUGUAUAAAUUGUAAAUGUCCCUACUCCUAAAGCGAUCUCUUGAGCUGUUCUGUAAAUAUCUGGUGCUAAUAUCCCUGCGCACUCCCCACACCCCCGACCCGCCAGCUUCCUCUGCUCCAGCCCCGCACUUUGAGUGAACGUGUCGAUGGUUGCUUGGCGGUGUGCUCAAUUCUUUGAGGUUUUUUCUUCUUUUUCAGGCAAAAUCCAUAUAUGGCUUGGGGGGGGGGUAACCCAAUAAUCAACAUUAUUGAUCAUAGCUGCAAUAGGAGUUAUGUAGGAGACCCCAUCCAGGCCCGUCUGUGCCCCCCUGCUCUGCCCCCCACCCCUCGCGUCUCUGUAGUGACUUGCUGCUCUCAGCGUCUGUGCUCUGUCUCUGCUAGCCAUCCCCUCCCUCUGCCGGAUAGCAUGAUCAGCAAACUCUCUUCUUACCAACAACUGUUUCUCUCUUAACUUAACAUUUGGGAUGAGGAAGGAGCCAUGGGCAGACUCCUCUUUUUUCCUCCUUAGGUCCUUUCUUUCUCUCUCUCUCCCUUUCACACACCCCCCCAACCCCCGAUGCCCAGGUGGAUCAAACUGACCCUUCUCGGGCCUGGCAAGGAGGCUGGCCGCCUGACACAUGAGAUUUCACUCCCCUGAACCACCCCCUGGUGCCUUCCUCCCAGGGGAAGGGGAGGUGGAAAUCCAGCCCAGGGCCAUGGUGGGCAAGCAAGGUGGGAUGAGGCUAUGGCUAUUUGGGGAGUGGUUUUAUUUUGUUUUGUUCUAUUUUUUAAACCGGGCAAUAUUGUGUUCAGUUCAAGCUGUGAAGAAAAAUAUAGAUCAAUGUUUUCCAAUAAAAUACAGUGACUACCUGG